AUGUAUCAGUUUCUCAGAGACAAGAAUGCUUUUCUUCUUUACCUCUACAGUAAUCUUAAUUUUACCAGAUGCACUGUAAGCUCCACAGGUCUACUUUUCAAGCAUUUGAUUAUAGCCAACCUUGUCAUACUCUCCAAAGGCAUCCCGCAGACAAUCUUUUCUUUUGAGUUAUGGCAUUUUCUCAGUGAUGUUGGGUUCAAACUUGUUUUCUAUUAUUAUAGAGGGAGCAGGGGUGUGUCUACUGGCAGCAGCUGUCUCUUGAAUGUCUUUCAUGUUCAUACGACCGUGUUAUCAUCCUGUGAUGUUUUGUGUUUGAUGUUCAUGAUUUGGGCCAGCAGUUCCAUGAUUUCCACUGAUAGGCACAGACAGCAAGUCCAACAUAUUCAUAGCACCAACCUCUCCCCAGGACUUUCCUUUGACUCCAGAGUCACUCGGAACAUCUUUGUUUUGCUGAGCACCUUUGCGGACAUUCCUCACCAGCUUGUCUCCGGAGGUUCUCGUGGCCGAAGGCCACCGUCUGCCUCACCCUCGGUGACCUCGGGGCCUGCUGGCAGGCCUAAACCCCGAGAACUGGCGCCCGAACAGAGAGAACAGGAGCUGUUGCACUCAGGCUGCUUCGCCCACAAUGGCAGCUUUCUGAUUCUUCCCGAGAUCUCUGUCUUGGUUGCAGAACUGAGAGCAUGA